AUGGAUGAUUGCAAUGGACCAAAUACAUUUAUUGCAACCAGAAAGAAAACGGUAGCUAAAAAAGUGAAUUCUGGAAUGUUAACUGAUCCACGAGAAUAUCGGCAUCAAGGAAGUAAUGCAAUGCCAUGUAUUAGUAUUGGUAUACAAACCGAACAAAUUUCAACUUCAUUAAGUACCAUUUUAAAAGGUAAUAUCAGUAAUAAUGUAUUGAAUUUAUUAUUAAUGACAGUAAAAAAUAAUAAUGACGAAUUGAAUAUUCUUGCACGAUUGAAUGUUUUUCAUCGUACCGAUUCGGUAACAUUAUCAAUGAUGAAACAAUAUCAAUUACCGCAGAAAGAACACUUACCACUAUAUAAUAUUGUAUGUGGUCCAAAUGGACGUGUAGCAUUUCUGUUUGCUGAUCGUUAUCAUGAUACGUGGUGCUCACACAACGGUAUCAUUAUAUUUUGGCAACGGCGUAUAACUGAUCAUUUGGUACUUUCCAGUUGUCCAACAGUUCUUCGAUAUGGUCCGCAAGGUUUGAUAGCAGUAGGUUUAAUAACAGGUCAUAUUUUGAUUAUUUUAAAUGGUGAAAUUAUAUCAACGAAUGAGGUUCAUACUCUAUCAGUAACAUCAUUGGAAUGGCUUUAUCCAUUACAACAGCUUGUCUCAGUAUCAUUAGAUGGUCGAAUUAUCAUUCAUAAUUUGAAAUCGACAAUAUUGGAAGAGAAGCAUUCCAAAUUAAUAACUGUCUUAAAUCUUCCUCGUAAUAUCCGGAAAUCUAAUGCAACAGCUAAAUAUAUCGGCUUAACAUCAUUAUGUGUUGCUAAAGAUCGGCUAUUUAUUGGUAGUGAAAUGGGAGCUAUUUGGACAGCAACACUUCCGGAUUUAGCAAUCUCUUUGUUUCAUUACGAGAUUGAUUGUAUUGAAGCUGUGGCACAUAUCUCAAACUAUACCAUUAUUAUAACAUCUUCCGGAAAGAUAAAUUUUUCCAAAAAUUUUAAAAUGCUUUUUUACCAUGAACUCUAA